ACCCUAACCACACCCGCCUGCUCCUGAAGAUAGCAACUUUCACGCAAACCCGCAUUGAGAGCAGCGUACUCAUUCUGCCCUCAGUGAAAAUGUCGCAGGAAGAACCUAUGAUGGGACACACGAGAUCUUAUUACUGAUGCAACGGAUACUUUCGGGAUAGGUUAUCACGUGCGUCACAUUGAACUGUCCUACCACAGUAAAUCAAUCAUUGCAUUAAAGUUCUCGUGACUUUUACUGAGAUGUGCAUCCAUUAUAAUGCACUGUCUUGUGCGUCAGUUUGCCGAGUUGUCAUAGUUGUCUCACUUUAUCAUAUAGUGACGAGUAGGGGACGGUUCAUCUUGUAGUGUGUAUUAGCUUAGUUAACAGUGAUAAGAAGCUGGAGAAGAGGCUUUUCCUAUCUGAACAAUCAUGUUUUGUUUGUUGACGGCUGAAAAAUUAGCUACGUUAUUACACAUCAACAGCACAUCAUGAACUGGAAAUAAACACUCCGGGGUUAAACUGCUUUUCAUCGUGUGAUUGGUCAGAUAUGUUCAUAGAGGUAUGGUCUUGGCAAGUUUCACUUUCUUAUAAAUAGACACAUAUCAUCUUAUACCGAGCAACUUCAACUCCUCUGAGGACUUCAAAACAUCUCAACAUUUCAGUAGCACAAUCGGCAUCAUUCCCCUCAUCAUCACCAUGGCUGAAUGGACAGAGUGCAUGAAUUUUGGCAUUACUAUUGCCAGGCAAGCCAGCAAGGUCAUUCUGGAGGCAUUUAGAGCAAAAAAAGAUGUGAUGCUGAAGAGCUCCCCGGCUGACUUGGUGACAGAAACAGACCAGAGGGUGGAGAAGAUGCUCAUCUCUCGCAUUAGGGAGAGAUAUCCCACACAUAAGUUCAUUGGGGAGGAGUCAGUGGCUGCAGGUGAAAAGCUUGAACUGACAGAUUCCCCUACCUGGAUCAUAGACCCUAUUGAUGGCACUGUCAACUUCGUGCACAGGUUUCCCUUCGUUGCCAUUUCAAUCGCUUUUGCUGUAAACAAGCAGACUGAGUUUGGAAUUGUAUAUAGUUGUGUGGAGGAUAAGAUGUACCGGGCCCAAAGAGGCGGAGGAGCCUUCGUGAACGAUGUACCACUGCACACCUCUGGUCAGGAGGAUAUCACCAAAUCCCUAGUAGUGACCGAGAUAGGAGCAGAGAGAGAUUGCCUGGCCCUGUGCACAAUGACGACUAACAUCAUGAAUCUACUUGCGAUCCCCAUUCAAGGGAUCCGGGCAGUGGGCACAGCUGCUGUUGACAUGGUGCUGGUGGCCACAGGUGGUGCCGAUGCCUAUUACCACAUUGGCAUGCACUGCUGGGACAUAGCGGCAUCUGCCCUGAUAGUCACGGAAGCUGGUGGCGUGGUCCUUGACACUGAUGGGAGUGAGUUUGAUAUGAUGUCCAGAAAGGUGAUUGCUGCCAGCAGCAUGCCAGUGGCCAAGAGGAUUGCUCAGGUGGUGCGAGCAUUCCCCUGCACUCGUGAUGAUGAAGACCCUGCCCGAGUGAAUAAUGGUGGCCAUUGCAUUUCUAGUGGCCUGUGAUGUCAAAGGGACCAAGAUCAUAGUUUUUGAAAUAUCUGUGCUCAUUGUUGCAGUGACAACUUCGUGAAAUAAACCCUUAUGACUGAAAA